AUGACUCCCUAUGAACUAUUAUAUGGGAGGAAAUGUAGAACUCCUGUGUGUUGGGGAGAAGUUGGACAGAGAGAACUUGCGCCAAGUGAUUUAAUAGCAGUGACGAAUGAAAAGAUUGAUUUGAUUAGAGCUCGACUGAAAGCAGCCCCAAAUCGGCAAAAAGCUUAUGCGGACAAGAGAAGGCAUCCUAUCAAGUUUCAAGUCGGAGAUCAUGUUCUGCAAAAAGUAUCUCCAUGGAAGGGUAUAAUCCGUUUCCGCAAACGGGGUAAGUUAGGUCCUCGUUAUAUUGGACCGUUUAAAAUCUUGGCUCGAGUUGGAAGAGUUGCAUAUCGAUUAGAAUUACCGUCUACACUAAAUGGGAUUCACAAUACCUUCCACGUAUCGCAGUUGAGGAAGUGUCUUGCGGAUGAAACAGCAUUAGUACCUCUCGAUGACAUCGAGUUGGACGAGGGGGUAAAUUAUGUCGAAAUACCAAUAGCCAUUAAAGACGUUAAGGUGAAGAACCUUCGCAACAAAGCCGUUAGACAAGUGUUAGUUCAAUGGCAACACCGAAAGGGGUCGGAACUUACAUGGGAAGCGGAAGAUGAAAUGAGGAAGCAAUACCCUUUUCUCUUCGGCAUGAAGGAAGAAGGAUCCAAUACUAGGAAAUCGGAUAGUUCACAAGAUCGAGGUAAUCCUCAAUCUAGGCGAUCAGGCAACUUGGAGUGA